AGAAAUAGACUUACAUAAGAAAUCAAUGCACGUGCUCUUGACGCGUCAAUCUAUUGGUGGUUGAUUUUCUUGUUUUACAUCUUAUCGAGUUCGUGCCAACCUAUCAUUUCGCAUUCCCUCCUUUAUCCCUCUGCGCUGGCCGCCGACAACCAGGCUGCAAUGUACCAGAUAGACAAAACGAAAAAGAGUCGCUCUUUAUCUUCCGCCGCUCGAGCGCUCCUUUCUGUGGAUGACUCGGAUCCCGCCGCUGCCUCGAUGCCUGCUAUCAGCGCAAAAAAAAUGCCCACCUCUAAACCGACUUCCAAGAAAGCGCAUUCUAAGAUAAAAGAUAAAGCAAAGGCGACCUCCAUCAGGCCUGUUCGUGUCGCGGACUACGACUCCCAGGAGAUGACGAACGUACCGAAUCCUGUACCAGACACUGGCCUUCCUCCUCCAAGUGGUGGUACAGUGUAUUUUACGCCGCCGCCAAUUACUGUAUCUCCUUCUGUAAUUCAUCAGUCCCAGGAGUACCACGCUGCAGCGGCCACCGGCAAGUCCAUCAGCGCGCUUUCUGUGUCAACCUUCACCCCGUUACCACCACUACUCUCGCUUGAGCCCACACCAACUGCAGACAAUGCCCAUGCUAUCGUAAUAACGCCUAUUUCCUCUCAGACAAAUUCAACUCAGUCCCACAAUGCUGUCCCAUCAGCACAAGUCCAACAUCAGUCUUCGCACCAAAUCUCAAAACCGGCAAUAAUCGCACUUUCUGUUGUUGGAGGUGUCGCAUUACUUGGGGUAUUCAUAAUGAUAAGACUUUUGAGACGUCCCCGCCGCCGCAAGUGUCCAACACCCUCUCUUCCCAUUCUCCAAGAUGGUGACUUCCCAAACCACUUUGAGAACAAGGGAUCCGGAUCCCCGGUUUUUGGAGGCAAGGAAAGAUUUUCUCCCUCGCUGAGGAGUGCACCAGGAAAUACGGGACUCUGGACAUGGACCCAGUAUCACUCCGGAAUUCCAAAGCCGGCACCAACUGUCAUAGUCUCAAAGUCAUCGUCAGGCGAACCCGUGCGAGGAUCAGGUAGUCAAGAGAACUUGCUUUCCGAGAAAAGGACCUCUUUUGGUGGGCAGAACCAAUACCCUUUUACUGGGCAAGGCAAUUUUGGACAAAGGACCCAACCACCCCUACAGCCUAUCCAAAAUGCAAUCACUCGCGCGGUCUCUCGGCUCUCCACUGUCUCCAUGUCUCUUUACCCAAACUCGCCGGCCAACACUACCUACUAUGGUGCGACGAAUGUGGGCGUGGCCAUCGAGAGCACAGCGCCUCUGACGGGCGAUGGACAAACCAUGACACGUGCAAAGGACAGGGUUGCGGCAGGACGUGCGCGUAAUAGCAUGGUUGCUCCUCCUAACGCCAAAGAUGCCUCCUCGCUGCGACGCUCCCAGAGCUAUGCCUACGGUGGAAUGGACACCACCCCAACCUCACCUGGACCAGAGAGAAGCAUGCAGAACGGGGGUCGUACACGCAUUAAAUCAUCAUAUUACACACCUGGUUCAUAUCCUCGCACCUCCGUAGCUCCUUCUGCAUGGUCAAAAGACCGCAGACAGCAAGAUGGCUCCCAACCUGAUCGCACCCAUCCGGGAUUGCAACGUUCUGGGUCUCAUCGAGGCCGUGAGACACAGGCGCUAACCUGUGCUCUUGGACUAGCUUCGCCUGUCCCGCCAUCCCCUCAUCCCACGCUGUAUCCGGAUGAUUCCAUGAGUGUAAUUGGAGAGGCAAAGAAGGUCACUAUGACAGGCACGCGCAGCCAAAAGAAACCAGUUCCUAAAGCUAUGCUGAAUUACGACAAGUCGUCCUCUCCUGAUUCUGCGGCGCUUGGCAGUCUGAUGAUGGUGGACUUCGCGGCGUCAAAGUCGACUGCAUCACUGGUGAACAUACGUCCGUGCGAAGCAGCUAGGGAGACGCAUGAGGGGCAAAACCAAGGGUCUGGUCAACCAAAGAUGAGCUUGAAGAAGAGAGUGGAGGAUAGGCCACCGCGUGUUCCAUCACCUCCACCGUUACCAUCUCUUGCGCAGAUGGCACUUAGUCACGCAAACCCCGAAGCGUAUGCUGACUAUCACAGCCCGACAUACAGCAUCUAUGGGUUAUAUGAUGGGGAUAGGAAAAGUCGCGGAACAUCAUUUGGAUACUGAUUUGGAUUGAUUUACGCACAAACUAGUAUGAACUGUAGUUUUGUAUACCACAAGCGAUGUUUCACUGUCGACCUAGUCGACCCUUGGGCCUUGGCGUCCUUAUCGAUCAGGAACUGUUCCCGGUAAGUCAAUAAAAUUGACAGCUGUACAUGUGAAUAUGCGGGAGUUGUCAUUGAGCUGGAUUCGUGAGAGGCGUUUAUAGCAAGUUUAAAAUUCUUCCUUCUGAGCUCUUCCUUCCUGCUGCGGACAAGGAAUUCCAACCAACUGCGCGAGGAAAAAAAAGCCUGGCAGCUGCGGACGACCCACAGCCAGAACUUGGAGUCGUUGCUGG